GUUAACCAAAGUUUUCUUUCAGCUUAAUAAACCAUGGUUCUAGAACUGAAAGUUUCCUUUUGAUACACUCGGAUUAAAAUAGCUGUUAUCUAAAAUAUCUACAUAUAACUAAAUGUGGAUUAAUUCCGAAUCAAGGAGUGCAAUGGAUGUUGAUUUUAAAUAAGGAAGAUGCUCUACAUCAAGUUUGCUGGGCAACGUACAGGUUUUUCAGUACAAGAAAAACAGUGCAGUGUUAGGGUUCAUAGCUAUCCAAACCUUUGGAUAUUUUUAUAAAAUAUAUAUUUAAAAGAUUUUGAAAAAAAAAAUAUGGAAGAGGAUUUACAAACCAUACUGCAUCGACAACAACUUUUCUGCUCCGCAUUGAAAUCAUAUUUUUGUACAAAAAUCACAAAAUAUCAAAACAUACUGCUGAAAAACGGUAUACAGCUCUCAGAUCAAAGCGGCGACGAAGAUACCUUCCAUAGUUUACCAAGAUCACAAUCUUUUGAAGACCAUAUCGAGCUCGUCAUUGGACAAAAAUCCGCCUCUCCAAAUGUCUACAAAACUUUCUGGAAGAUUGGGAAUCGAUUAAGUACACUGAAAUUGUUUAGAUGGAUCUAUUUGAUUGUCCAAAGAACCAAAGCUGCCCGAGUUCUGCACCAUCUAGAUGGUGUGUCAGACGAUGAAAUAAAAGCUGUUAUAAAUACUGUAGGACAAGAAAUUGCAGUGGCAUACGAGUACCAACUUUGUCUUCUUGAUGGUGAUUCAGAGAUUAUCAAGUUGGCUCAGCAUGCAGGCGCGUGUUUGGUGACGUAUCUGAAUUCAAAAGAGGCACAUUAUGCUCCCGAGAAUUUGCUGCAAGCAGUUGUAGAGGUUAAACCUAAAAGCAGCAACAACAAAGAAAUUUUAAAGACUCGAGCAAUUUUUAUCAACAAUCACCCAGUUUGUCUUCGGUGGAGACUUAGUCAAGUCUUUAAACAACCGGGACUGAGAACCUCUUCAGAUAAACUGGAUACAGACGUGAGUAAUGAAUCAAGUACAGCUGUUAAAACUGAUGAACAGGUCGUUUACAAGGGGGAAAAUGCAGACUGUAAUCUAAGUAACGCUUCUGAUGCACACCUUCCAGCAGGCGCUGCUCUAACAACGGAUGCUGAGCAGAGCAAAGUCGAGUCAGCUACAGCAGACGACGGUAAAUCAGGUUCAGAUACAAGUGAUGGAGAUAAACGUGUGACAGAUUUUAAUACCAACGCUGAAAAGCUAAGUUUAUGUGUUGAACCUACCACAAACAAAACAAAAAUACGAAGAAGGCUAAAUGAGGUAGACAUGGAUUUUGAAAAAGGCGAAAUGACCAUCACAGAAUGUAGCGUUGAUGCAAGCGAUUUUAGUUCAGUUGGAAACAAAGCAUUAGAUGUUGAAGAUGGAGAUUCUACUUCUAUAGAAGAAGAUCUGAAUUCAGAAAAAGUUGAUAAUUUGAUAGACUUUUUUACAGAGGAAACUUGUGUUAAAGAAGCGGAUGUGUCUAUUCAAGGAAAGGACAAACACAUACGUGAGGAACAUUCAGUCAAUUUCAAUUGCAUACUAGAUGAAAAGACUUCACACAAAGAUCCAACAAAUGAUGAGGUAAAUAGUGUAAGGUUCAAAGAAUGCAACGAAAAUGUUAUUAAUAGAUAUCUAUGCAACGAAAAUAAACACAAUGCCGACAUUAACAUAUCAAGUGAAUCUCAAGCAUCUCCACAUGUUGACAUACAUGAUACAAACAGUAUUUUGUCUGCUCCACAUAGGGUUGAUGUCCAGAAAGAUAUAUUUAUUGGACAAACUUCUGAUUCUAAACGAAAUGUCCAAGAUCCUUGUGAUGUAAAUCCACUCAACGACGACGAACAUAUCAACAGUGAUGAUCAAAUUGAAGUGCACACAUAUCAAUCUGACACUAUUGGCAGUAAUGUUAGUGAUGAAUAUAUGCCUGAUAUUGCCGCUGGUGAUAAAUCCUAUGUUUUCUAUGGUUGUUUUACUCCGUAUGGUGCUAAAUGUAGACCAAAGAUUUACGGUUAUAGAGGACCAUUGCAUAUUUGGAAUGAGGAACAAAGAAGAUAUUCACUUAUUUACAACGACACUGUUACACUCUCAAGAAAACGACAACAAGACAGUAUUAAACCACAACUGAGUUUUCACCAAAAGUAUAUUCCAAAAACAGUUUGCAAACAUUAAGAAUGUAGUAAGCAUUUACUAAAAUCAAAUUGGUCGACCAAUUUAAUUUGGUAAAUGC